UCACACAAAUACACAGACACACACACACCCGCUAGGCGAGAUUUGCAGGGAGAGAGUCUCAGUUCCCCACACCUGGUUGGGGGCGGGGCAUGUGAGUACCUGGCAGAAGCAAGAAGGCGGAAGGGAGAGAAUAGCUCUCACCUAGUGGGAAUGUGGAGGAGAGGUAAAUCUGGGGCCUUCCUCAGGUUCUGGAUCCAAGUGUGAGAUCUCCAAACACCGCUCCCGCCCUCAGAAGGGACCCAGGCAUCCAGCACAGGCCACAUGCAGAGGUGCGAGCACCAGGCCAUGGUCUCCCCAGAGAGGGAUGUUGUCCCUCGCCCAGCCCAGCCCCUCACAGACCUGGAUUUCCACUCUGGAGCCCGGAUUGCCGAACUCAACCAGCUGGUACAAGAGCUAAGCAAGCAGACCAUGUGGGACCCAGGUGUCCGGGCCGCCCCCGAACUGCUGACUCUCAAGGACUUUGUAUUCUCCCUGCUGGGUCUGGUGCACAAGGUGGACAAGAAGCUUCCAGAGGCCAAUGAAUACCUCCUGCUCUCUGGCGGGGCACGCCAGGGCACGGUGGACUUGGACCCUGGAGUUCUGGGCUGCUACACCUCACGGGCCAACUACGAUGCUGACUAUACCCUCCUGGUGCCUGUUCUUCAAACCCAUGGUUGCCCCAUAGCUCUGGACCUGCACCGUUGCCCACCAGGCUACGCCUGGCUUCCCUUAGCCCCCUUCGGCCCAGAGGCCUGGCACCGGUGGGCUGACUGCUGCCAACACCAUGAUGGCCAGGCCUACUUAGCCCCUAGCCUGGUCUCAGCCUGGUUCUGCCAGACGUUGGUGGCCGUGACCAGCCAGGCCCAGGCCACCCCACAACAAGGGGAACCAACCGUGGAAUGGGUGGUUGGGCAGGGUGGGCUGGUCACCCUCAUGCUGCGGCAUGGCACCCUCCGGGCACUGUAUGAUGUGGUGCCCGUUGUGGCCUUCCAGGGAUGGCCGGCAGUCGCCCAGGAUUGGCUGAGUCACAGCCAUUUUUGGGAGGGCAAGCUGAUGGAAGAGGACGUGGCCGAGGGCUUCUACCUCCUGCCCAGCUCCUGUCCGGCUUGGCGGGACUACCCUGACCAAGGCAGGACUACCCUGACCAAGGACUACCUACUCACUUGGCAGGAGUCCCUUGGCCCAGUGGAGGCCCCGGGCCUGGUGGAGACUGUGGGUAAGGCUUGGCAUGAGGCCCAAAACCUGGUGGAUGUGGUGGGCCUCACUUGGCAUGAGGUCUCGGGCUCAGGGGAGGCUGUGGACUCAGUGAAGGCCAUAGGCCCAACUUGCCAUGAGGCCCAAGACCCAGUGGAUGCCUCAGGCCUCGCUUGGCAUGACACCUUGGACCCAGUGGAGGCCAUGAGCCAACUGGAGGCCCUGGGCCCAGCAGAGGCUGUGGGCCCUGCUUGGCGAGAGGCCCAGGACGCGGCAGAGGCCACGGGCCUUGCUUGGCGCCUGUCCUUCUCCAGGAGCGAGCUGCAUCUCAAGCAGGUGGUGCCGCCUCCACUGCUGCAGGCCUUUCGGGCUGCCCGGGCUGCCCUGUCCUGCACCUGGAACAAGAAGGUCGGUCCGUAUCACCUCUGGACCCUGGUGCUGUGGGCCUGUGACCGCCUGCCUGCACGCUACCUGGGCCAGGAGGAAAACGCAGCCCAUUGCCUGCUAGGCCUCCUGGAUGACAUGGUAUCCAGCCUGGCCCGUGCCUCCUGUCCCCACUAUUUCCUGCCCAGCUGCAACAGGCUGGAAGGGGUCUGGGAGCCGGGCCUGGCCCGCACUGUGGCUGGCGGCCCGGGGGGCCCCGCCCGGCCUUUCGGGCUGCCCGGGCUGCCCUGUCCUGCACCUGGAACAAGAAGGUCGGUCCGUAUCACCUCUGGACCCUGGUGCUGUGGGCCUGUGACCGCCUGCCUGCACGCUACCUGGGCCAGGAGGAAAACGCAGCCCAUUGCCUGCUAG